AUGUUCAACAUGAUGGUUCGAGUGUUAAUAUUUUGUACCUGUUUUGCACUCAUCAAAGCAGAAGAAAGUAAUACAAUUUAUAUGGAAAUUAAUACGAAGCAUGAUUGUUCCGUUGCUCCAUCAUACGAGUUGAUAGCAGGACCGCAAUGUUUUGUGAAACUUACAACGCCCUAUGUGCUGAGUUCAGGCAGAUUGGAUGUGAACAAUGGACGUCACUAUUUUACUGUUUCGGAUAGAAUAGAGUUCCAUGGCAAUAUGUCACGUAACUUUACAAUCUUGAAUUUACAUCGUGUUUACACUUUUAUUAUCAAUUUGGAACAUGACUUAAACGGAGACUGGAAAUUUUUCUUUACUUGUUUUGAUGGGCUGGAUAUGACGUACAAAAUUUGUUCAAAGUCCAAUAAGACUGACAACAAAUAUUCCUGUUUCUGUAAAACUAACGUCACUAUCAAAGAACAAGAGAUGCUUCAUUCCAGUGCAGCCGUAUCUGUAACACCUCAUGACGAUACAAAUCUAUUACCAAUAGUUGUCGGGUUAUUUGGAAUUUGGAAUAAUAGUGAUAUGUCAAACACUAUAUAUUGUUUAUAUUAAACGCCAGAAGUUUGUAGGUCGAUACAGAGACAUAUCGGCACGACCACCGCAGCCUCUACCUCUUGACAUAUACGACAAAGUAGAAGAUCAGCAUGAGCAGGGUUUCAUGAACAAAGCUUUUAACAUAGCUGAUGACGGGACUAUCCCUAAAGUUGCAAGGAAGGCACCACAAUUGCCUUCUCAUCGUUGCCAUUGCAAACCACUUAGGCAUGAGACUUGUACCAUUGUAGAUGAAAGGAAUGCUCCUAAUGUUAUUAGAAAACCAGCAAAAGCGCUCCCUAUGAUGUCUUUAGGGCAAGCUCACAACGUGGCCGAUAAAAGGACAGCUCCUAAUGUUGCUAAGAAGCAAUGUCAAGUACUGUUGCCGUUAUCAUCACCGAAGGUUAAGCAAAUACGAGGUUUAAAAUCAACUCAUAUGAACCAGUGUAGCUGUUCUCGUCCACGGCUACGCCCACCUUCACGACCACGACCACAACGACGGUCAAAAACUGGCACCCCUACAAAUAUGCAAGAAUUAAUAACAUUAAAUAAUCGAGUGACAUGGGCAGAAGAUUGGGAAUACGAACAGUUGGCGCCGAUGCAAAAAUAUUUAUAA